AUGGGCUCUGUCAUAGCACAAACACCUGUCCGGCCUGUGCCGGGCAUUUGGCCUCAGACCCCUGCCGCGCGCCCUCCAGCAAUACCUGCACCCUCCUUCCAGUCUCCCUCGACUCCAAUAUCUCGCCCUGCCCUCAUACCUUCUCAACCGUCGACAAGCCUCAUCACCACAAAUCCCUCCGAAGCGCCUGUCCAAGCGUCAAUGCGCCCACCCGAGGCGCUGGAACCAGUGGAAAGAGCUGCGCGCACAAUCAAUGAAUCCCUUGCAAGUGAAUCGCGAUUCCCAGAGGUCGACAGUUACCUGUCCCAGGGCUACUCUGCCGAUUAUGACAUCCAAUCUUCGACAACGUGGGCGCCAUUUCAGAGAGCUGGCUUUUACAGGAUCCCCGAUGAGAUAUUCGAACAGUAUAACAAUGCGCAGUUGACCACGAGUAUGGGUCUAUUUGCGGAGUUGAGGUACGCUUGGACAACGAUCGACAACGCCUUGUACAUGUGGGACUACUCUGCACCAAGGCCCGAGUUACUAGGCUUUGAGGGACAGUCGCACAGCAUCCUUGCUGUCAAGCUCGCCGUCCCUCGCCCGGGAGUCUUUCUGCCAAACAUCAAACACGUCAUUGUCAUUGCAACAACGGCAGACAUAUUCCUACUGGGACUCGGCACGGAGUCGGGCUCAGGCGGCUCAUCCGCUCUGUCUCUUUUUCAGACUGGUAUGUCAGUCUCAGUACGAGGUCUCGAUGUUAGCGUCAUCGCUUCCUCUGCGAAAACUGGAAGGAUAUUCUUUGGUGGCCGGACGGACAAUGACAUCUAUGAGCUCACAUAUCAGCAGGAGGAUCGGUGGUUUGCAAGUCGGUGUGCGAAGAUCUGUCACACUAGUGGUGCUACCAAGUCUUUGACAUGGACGUUCAGCAGCUUCGCCCACGGCCAGAGGGAGCAUGUGGAACAGAUCGUGGUGGAUGAUAGCAGAGACCUGCUUUACACUCUGUCUUCCGCUUCGAAUAUUCGCGUGUUCCACAUCAAGCCUGAAGGCGGCCUGCCUCUGUUGGUCACGAAACCUGCAUCCGAGAUCUACGAUAAUAUUGGCCACAUCAUUAACCAGAGCGAGUCCCUCAACAAUCGAGUCAAGAUUGUGUCCAUAUCAGCUCUUCCGGCGUCCGAGGCGUCACGAUACCAUCUGGUAGCCAUCACAGCGACUGGCUAUCGGAUAUACCUCAGCGCCAAAAGCGCCACCAGCUACAGCUACGGUUCUUCAACUAGGUCCAGUGCGCCUAUCAGUGUACAAGCACAACAUGUCAAAGUACCGCCGGUAUCCCCCAAUCCGGGUCAUUCGAGCACAUGGGGAACGGAUUCGUCCAGCGACGUGCAUCAGCCUAUCAAGACGUUGACAACGACUCGACUCGCAGCGCGGUAUCCGCCCGGGUACUUCUUUUGCUUCACAGCUAGGGACGCCAACUCACCUACUGACCAAUUAUUCAUUUCAGCCCCUGACGCCGGAAGACUGCUGCGGAGCUCCGAACCUGGCCAGACGAGUCGAACAUCUGAGUCUGCAAUAUGGCUCUCACUGGGCAGUCGCGCAGAAGACGUAGGAUUGGUGAUCCCAUAUUCUGCUCCGAUUCCAAAUCCAAUCGGCUACGGGAACGAUUUGGCUGUCCAAUUUGACAAGGCUAUUCCAGAAAUUGCAAUCCUGACGAAUACCGGUAUCCACAUCAUCAGAAGACGUCGCUUGGUAGACAUUUUUGCAGCUCUAAGCAGUCAAGGCGGUGGCCCCGAGGGAUUUCAGCACGAGGUCAGCAAUUUAAUCCGGGCUUAUGGUAGGACAGAGACUCUAGCCACAGCACUUGCGGUCGCAUGCGGCCAAGGGGUAGAAGACACAGGUAGUGCUCAGUCGGUCCGGGUUAACGACCCGGAAGUCCUCGAGCUUGCUCGCAAGACCUUCAUCGAAUACGGGGGCAAGCCAAGCAUCAACCAGAACUCCAUUACGGACAGGUCUGUCCCCUUGAUCGACGCUGUACGACCGUCGCCUCGCCAUGCGGCCAUUGCUUUGUACCUUUCACGCUUAUUGAGAUCGACGUGGAAGAACGUAAUUGCUGUGGAGUCAACUACGCCAGCCGGCUACCAGAUCAAUCCGGCCGUGCCUCUCAAAAAACUAAGAGAUGUUCAGGAGUCGUUGUCUGCGCUUCAGCGCUUCUUCCAGACGAACAGGAGUUUCAUCAAAGGUCUCAGCGGGCCUGAUGAUCUUUCGGCAACAAGCACCAAGGAUGAUGAGAUCGCUCUGCAGGGGGAACAUCGUGCCUUGCAUUCACUGGUCAAGUUUACGUCAGAUACCAUUGAAGGUCUCUCGUUUAUUCUCGUCUUGUUCGAAGAGAAGGUCGCGGAGAUAGUGCCUCUGCUGCCGGAGGUUUCCAGACCCGAGAUGCCGAAGCUUACCUUUGAGGAGCUGUUCACGACAAAGAAAGGGUACGAGCUUGCAAAAGAGCUCGUCAAGGCCAUUGUGAACCGCAACAUCGCCAAAGGGUCCAAUGUGGAGACGGUGGCGGAAGCUCUGCGCCGAAAAUGUGGCAGCUUCUGCAGCGCCGACGACGUGGUGAUAUUCAAAGCACAAGAGCAACUCAGACGAGCGGCGGAAGCAGGGCCCGACAAUGACUCUUCACGAAAUCUUCUAAAUGAAAGCUUGAAACUUUUUGAAAAGGUGGCUCACAGUCUACCUCAUGACUAUCUGGAAUCGGCUGUGAAACAGUACACGGAUCUCCAGUUCUUUGCUGGAGCCAUCCAACUUGUCCUACGGGUUGCUCAUGAAAAGGACAAGGCGAACGAAGCAUUGUCCUGGAUGGCGGAAGGUCGACCAGAGCCUGACGCUCGGAAAGCAAGGUUUGACCUCCGGAGCCAGUGCUACGACCUCAUCCACGCGGUCAUUGUCGCCGUGGAUAAGACCACAGAGCAAGGUCCGAGUUUUGUGGAUGGCCACCCGACGCUGGCUGCGACCAGACGGAACGAAGCUUACGAUGUCAUCAGCCGGUCCAAGGAUGAGGCGUUCUUGACCAAUCUCUACGAUUGGUAUCUCCAGCAAGGAUGGUACGAUCGCCUUCUCGCGACCGAGUCUCCGUUCAUAGUGACAUACCUUCAACGCAAGUCAACCGAGGACAUUCUUUACGCGGAUCUGCUCUGGAAAUACUACAGCCAAACGAAUCAAUUCUCCGAGGCGGCCAAGAUCCAAUUGCAACUUGCCCGGAGCUCGUUUCCACUGUCGCUCGAGAAGAGAAUCGAGUAUCUGAGCAGAGCCAGAGCCAAUGCCUCGACUUACACCCCGGGAGGCAGCAGAAAGACCAAGCAACAAUUACUGCAAGAAAUCACCGAACUCCUCGACAUUGCGACCAUACAAGACGAAGUGCUUCAGCGGUUGCGUGACGACUAUCGACUCGGGCCCGAGCGGAGACAGGAAGUCCUUGAUCAGGUCAAUGGCCAGAUCUUGGACAUUAACACGCUGUUCAACAACUAUGCGGACAACGCGGGGUACUAUGACCUUUGUCUGUUGAUCUACCAAGUCGCCGACCAUCGGGAUCCCGCCCAGAUCAAGCAAACCUGGCAACAGCUCCUCCAGUCGGUGCACGACAAAGUCCAGGAGGAAGGACAGAUCCAGCCCUUCGAAGCCAUUGCCGACGAGGUGAGAAGUCUGGGCAGUAAAUUGCGCGUCUCGGAGACGACGUUCCCGGUUCACACUUUGCUCCCGAUUCUGGAAAAAUACUCAUUCGAACACCAACGCAAUGUGGCGCCUGCGCAUUGGGUCGUGGAUAUCUUUCUCUCGCUCGAGAUCCCCUGUGAGCGGCUUUUUGAGAUCCUGGAGCUGAUGUUUUUCUCGGGCGAUCCUCCGUUUGUUGGAUCAAAUCGAAAGUACAUCGCCUCUGAGUUGGUUUAUGUGGUUGGUAGGUGGUUCCACGAUUCGACCAGAGCGGGGUCUGUGAUCUUUGGCAGCGAAGUUGCGGCGACGAGGGUGCAGGAGACGAUGCAAGCCUUAUUGCAGCAGGGGAGAGCGGCAGGGCUGGACGAGGAAACCACGAGAGUCGCCAGGGAGGUUGUCGAGAGAGUCGGGCGACUUCUGGGAUAA